AAGCUUUCUGAGAAGCCUUUCCACAAGCUCAGCGCCUCCAUUCCAAGAUAAAGCUUCUUUGAACCGCACCGAGCUACAUCGCUCUCCGGGUUGAAUCAACUCUCAGUUCCCGUUAUGAACCCUCAAGGUGAUUCGGCCCAGGCUCCUCCCGCCACCGACGACUAUUACGACCUCGGAACAUAUCAACGCAUAAUUAGCACUCUCAGCCGGGACGCACAGAUCUGGUUCAACCGUGGCCUCAUCUGUAAGUUUCUUUUUGAAAGCCUCUAUCCAUACUUUAGUCUGCUUAAGAGACACACCCGUCUGGUACUCCGGAGACAUGUUUGAUAACUGUAUAUCUACUACUUAUAUUCUUCUCAGCAAGUAGACUGACACUAGGAUUUUCGUGCCUAGGGGGUUACGGAUUCAAUCAUGAGGAAGCUGUAACGUGUUUCCGCAAUGUGACACUGAAGGAUCCUACAUGCGCCAUGGCAUUUUGGGGCAUGGCGUAUGCACUGGGCCCUAACUACAAUAAACCUUGGGACUUUUUUCGGGGCGACCAGCUUGAUGCAUUGCUCUCUCAAGCACGUUGGGCGAUUGACAAGGCAAAAGAAAACUCGCCAUCAGCCUCACCUGUCGAGCGAGCAAUUAUCGGCACCCUCGAUCACAAAUACCCUCCGCACUCACGUCAGCUUGGUAGAGAGUUUUCCAUCUGGAACCAAGAGUACGCAGAUGCAAUGGAAUCCGUCUAUAAGAACUUUCCAGAUGAUCUUGAUGUGGUAACACUAUACGCAGAGUCGUUGAUGAAUCUCACUCCCUGGGAAUUAUGGGAAGUAAGGACAGGACAGCCUGCUCCCAAAGCUCGUACUUUAGAUGCAAAACGAGUUCUUGAACGAGCUCUGAAUCAGAACGGGGCUUUCGAACACCCUGGCAUUUUGCAUCUAUACAUCCACCUCAUGGAAAUGUCUGGAACACCCGAAGCUGCUCUUCCAGCGUCAGAUCACCUAGGUGACCUUGUACCAGAGGCAGGACAUCUUCGUCACAUGCCCUCCCAUAUUUACGUCCUAUGUGGUCAAUACAAGAAAGCCAUUGAUGCAAAUUCAGCCGCCAUCAUUGCAGAUGAAAAAUUUCGGGAUCGGAACGGGCCUUACAACUUCUACACACUCUACCGGUCUCAUGAUUAUCAUUUCCGAAUAUAUUCUGCCAUGUUUGCCGGUCAAUCACGGGUAGCCAUUGAUACUGCUGGGCAACUUGAGACUUGUAUUAUUGAGCUGUUAACUCGUGAGCCAGGGAGGGCCGAUAUGUUGGAGGCUUUUCUUAGCUCCCGUGUCCAUGUUCUGAUUCGAUUCGGUCGCUGGCAGGAAAUCCUGGACCUCAAAAUUCCGACUGACCAGGAGCUUUAUUGUAUGAGUACCGCAAUGACAUAUUACGGAAAGGGCGUUGCUCUCGCCGCUACAGGGAGGGUGCCAGAGGCAAUGAAGCAACAAGAACUUUUCAACCUGGCGGCCAAGAAAGUUGGACCUUCACGCACUCUAUUCAAUAAUAAGUGCAGUGAUAUCCUGGUCAUAGCAGGUGCGAUGCUCAAUGGCGAACUCGAGUAUCGGCGUGGAAACUUUGACAUUGCUUUUGAAUAUCUUCGGAAGUCCAUCUCUCUCGACGAUGCCCUUCCAUAUGAGGAACCCUGGGGUUGGAUGCAGCCCACCCGUCAUGCAUACGGCGCGCUUCUUCUAGAGCAAGGUCGGAAUGAAGAAGCUGCGGCUGUUUAUUCGGCUGACCUUGGAAUUGAUGAUACACUGCCGCGAACAUUUCGACACGCCAAAAAUGUUUGGUCUCUUCACGGUUAUCACGAGAGUUUGCUGAAACUUGGGCGUACGGCUAAAGCCAAAGCCAUUCAACCAGAGUUAUCAAAAGCGCUUGACCUAGCGGACGUUCCCAUAAAGUCAUCAUGCUUCUGCCGGCUAUGAAUGGUCAUAGUAGUUAGUUUGAUGAUAAUAUCUUGCUUUCGCUUAGCGAGACAUUCUAGACAGUGUCAUUUGAGUCUGUAGUAAUCUCAGUGUUUUCGACAAGUCGCGGGAUGCAAGAGGAAGUUGCUUCGGCAUUGGUAAUCCUCUACAGUACAGAUAUUCAAUCCUGGCUCCGGGA